GCCAUCCGAAAAGAUUGGGAAAAAUAUUACGUAAACGCUAACAAAAUCAUCACUCCGCUGACAUUAAUGAGAUGUACCGUGACAUCCUUGAAAAAUACGAGCGCCGCAUUGAUAUUCCUUUCACACAUGGGCCGUAUGAAAGCGUACCUAUCGACGAUUAAUCUGCUUCUGGCCAACCUCAACACGUCGCGCGCACGUCGACACCGGCACCGUAUGGUCGGUAUUCUUAUGUUUAUGCCCUUUGUGAUUCUUAUCCCAGCAUGUUGUUAUUUCGGUGUAACAUUUCUGAACAAUAUUGCAAAAUAUCAUCCGGAUAAAUCGAAAGUUCCGUUCGGUAUAUUUCGCUUAGACAUUGAGACGGCGUUUGUCAUUACAUUAUGCGGUGAUCACAUUUUCCAGCCGAAGGUUUGGGUGAAUUCAAUAGGCUGGAUUUGGAAGAGUUUCUGGAACCGCUUAACGCGGUCCUCUUCCCAAAUUGGGAUUACUAUGUAAAACUUCCGUUGCCAUUAUGGAAGACAGUAAAGUGAUGGUGGAAUCCCGAACGGAUCCAAACAGCAUACAAAUCGAAACCUCCGAUUGAAGUCAAACAACUGAAUUAUUACAACGAUGGUGAUAAAGUUCUGGAUGGUUCAAAACUGCAUACGCCUACGCUGAAGGAAAUUACCAAACAGCUGUUGGAUAGUUCUGAAUACGACAGACGCGUUCAGGCCGUUAGGGAAUUCAACAGUGCUAACCGAUGGAAGAAGAGGGGAUUGACAAUCGUGCCAAUGCGCUAUGGUGUCGCAUGGAACGGUUUUAAUUACUCGUGUUUGAUUGCCAUCUUCCGCAACGGAGGCUAUGUUGCCGUUGUUCAUGGUGGAAUAGAAAUUGGCCAGGGCGUAAAUACAAAGGAGAGUGCGGAAUCGGGGAAAGUUACUGCGAAGGGAAAUUUUCCGUGGUUUUAUCCGAAGUGAUCACACGAAUUCUUGGAGAAACGGACGGCGUUCAAGCUGUGCUCAAUGCGGUGCAUUCCGGAAUUAGCCGGAUGGAGUUGGAGCUGCUCAACACGUCUGGGCGAUUGAGCCGCUUAUUAACUGCUGUGCCUCCUGAAUUCCGCGCCAAUUCAUCCAACUGGCACCGUUUAAUAAUCCCAUAACUAAUACAUCUUUCCAGGACCAUAUCGGCAAAUUACCCCAGUUUAUCCAUUUGUCGUACGACGCUGGAAGCGUUCGCCUUUAUGAUGCACGAUAAUCCAUGGCCAAUGGAAUCUCGAAAAUUAUUUGAUGAGCACGUUUUUCUGUCCUUGGCUUCGAUUUCAGAGAAUCUUGGUCAUGAAUCGGCAGAUUUUUCGGUUUUUGCUGUCAGAGAUGCCUUGUUAUUGAUGGAUAAAGAUAUCUUCAGCGAUGAGCUGCUGUUUCUGCGUCGAUUACUCGCCGAUGGUGCAUCACCGCUGACGGAGAAUGUAAUUGAAAUGUACACCUGUAUUCUUGACGGUUUGUCCUUCUUGGCAUUCCAGAGUGGAUUGUCGACGAAACUCAGUGUUAAGGAUGCCAUAGUUGAGCUCAUCUCUUUCAUAUUGCGCCAUGUAAAACCUGAACUGCGGGAAAAGAAGCUGGUGGAAAGUUAUAAAAAUGGAGCAGCAGUAUUAUUCAGGAGUUUGUCGAUUCAAUCGGGCGAGAAAUAUUUAUCUGAAACUGAAAUUACCACCGCGAUGUGCGAUCUGAGUGAGAAGUCUUCUGACGCAUGGAUGACAAUUUCAGGUACAGCGGACAGUAAAUUACUGACAUCGGCAAAAUCCGCGAUUUCACUUCCUGCCUUAUUCAGCACAGUAGCCCAAAGUCUGAAUGAUACUUGUCGGGAUUUUCUCAUCUUAUCCAGCAUUCCACCGACCCACUAUCAGCUUGUGGAGCUGCUGUCUCUGGGUGUUUGGUUUCGCAGUCUAUCUGAAUUCCUUCUUGAUUCCGAGGAUAAUUGUGUAGGAAGUUUGGCGGAAUGUCCAUUAUUUUGGGACGUCUUUCUGGUUUUUCCGGCUAGAAUGCGCACUCUUAUCCCUAAAAUUGCCGGUGAACAAUUCCGUGGAAUCCCCUUCGCCAUGUACAUUCUCAUGCCUCAACUGGUGGGAAAGAUCGUCUGUCUGAACGGUUCACAGUGCAAAGGUGUUUAUCAGUAUGCAGUGGGGAUGAUAUUUGAUUUACGCUUAAACAUUGAGGAUUUGAAAACGGAACUGGGUGAGUUGAGUGAAUCCAUCUCCUGGAAGGAACUGAAUGAUGGGAUGCAGCUUUUGGUUGCGGCGUGAAAGUUAUCCAUGGGAGUGCCAACAUGGUCGGAGUGGACAGAUCUGACACCGUUUCAACAGGCUAUAAAGUACACGAAGGAUCCACUUCUUCCGCUCCGCGCUGGUGCAUACCACCAAUUUCGCCGAUUAAUAAUCUCCGGUGACGAUGAAGCCUUGUCCCAUUCCACAACUUUUUUUCAAGACUGCUGUCGAGUCUUCCAAGAAGAAUCCGAAUCUUACGUGUACUUGGCCGUUAUUCAGUGCGUGGAGGCCAUUGCGCUGUCUAACCCAUCCGAAUUCAUUCCUCUUCUUUUAUCCGAACUCGCUUCUUUUGCGGCCAGUAAGCGCAAUCCCGGAAGCACCGCUCCUGACUCCACGGUCUGCGGUUUCCUGGCGGAAAGCCUCGUACGCAUCGUUAAACAACUGGGCCCGGCAUCCGGCCGGUACGCUGACAACCUCCUGAAUACACUCUUAUUUUUGGCACGCGAUGCCGAUCCGGAUGUACGGGCAAGUGCCAUGCCAGAUGUGUGCCAAACACUUCGCUUUGGGAUAAGUGCAGCGAGGAUGGAAUGUUGAACUGCUUGAUCCAUACCGUGGAGACCGACCCGGAAGUGUUGAACCGGCGAGCUGCGGUCUAUUGUUUGUGCGAAAUUGUCGAUGGGAUGGGAAAGGAUUUCCUGGAUGUAUUUGGUGACUGUGUUAAGUUGGUUUGGAGUGCCUUUAAGAAGGAGAGGCUGGCAGAAGAUUACACUGUGAGGAUGCAUGCAGAAAGAGGAAUUGAAAUUGAUUUCUUGAAUGAGCUGCCACGUAGGAUGAUGAAUGAUUCCGGACAGUAAUGCGGGUGAUCUCCGAAAAACGGCUUAAAGAGAUGUAACCGUCAAGUGCUAAAUUUUUUUUGUAAUGUUUUAAGUGCCAUUAAGAAUAAUGUUUUUGAACGUUUUGUAGUUUAAGAAAAACAUUUGUAAGUUUUAGAAGUUUUUGCUAAUUUUUGUUGUCGAACGUUUUAUGGAUUUCGCGCAUUCUUGGUGAUAUUUGCAAAAAGGUUGGCUGUCUGUUAAACAUUUCUUUAGCGUUUUCACUUUUCAGUAAUCGUGUCAGCGAUGAGUUGGAGGAUGGUGCUAAUAAACUAGGGAAGUGCACCGCUUUUGGCUAGCACUAUUAGACCGAAGCGAAGCCGGAAACAGAGU